GAAAAACCCAAUUCCGAUCUUGGGCAAGGACCCGUGGCGUUUGCUCAUUGCCCAAUAUCCCAACUACCGAAACACCACCAACGCCAUCUCCAAAUGGUCGUGCCGACGCCCGUGACGCCCGCCUUUGCCGCUGCAUUUUUCGACGAGCUCGCGCAGCUGCGCCGCCACUUUCACCAGCAUGCCGAAGUGACGUGGCAAGAGGUCGCGACGCAGGCCACGAUCAAAGACUACCUGCUCACCCACGCGCAAAUUCCCGCUGAAAACAUCCACGUGUGCGCGACCACCGGGCUCGUUGUCAACAUAUUUGGUCCGACGUCCGAGGACGCCGCCGACGGCAGCCUCCGCUGCGUGGCCUUUCGAGGGGACAUGGACGCGCUGCCGAUGACUGAGCAGAACCCGCACCUGCCAUACGCAUCGGAGAACGCCGGCGCCGCGCACAUGUGCGGUCACGACGGUCAUAUGGCGUCGCUCGUGGGCUUUGCGAUCUUCAUGCAGCGCGCGCGCCUCUCGCUGCCGCCCAACACGUGCGUGCGUCUCCUCUUCCAGCCGGCCGAAGAAGGCGGCUUUGGCGCUGUCAAGAUGAUUGAAGACGGGUGCUUGGACGGCGUCGACGAGGUGUACGGGUACCACAACGGCCCGUUUCCCCUUGGCAUGGUAGCGACCAAGCCAGGCGCGCUCCUUGCGCAUUCGUGCCGGUUUGAGAUCACGCUCCGAGGGCCCGGCGGCCACGGGUCGGCGCCCCACCACACGACCGACCCGAUCGUUGCCGCGGGGCACAUUAUUGUCGCGAUGCAGUCGAUUGUGAGCCGGAGCCUCCCGGCGCAAGAGAAUGCGAUCGUGUCGAUCACCCAAGUCCACGGCGGCGAGGCCGACAACGUCAUUCCGUCCAGCGUGCGCCUCUCGGGCACGCUCCGCGACUUCAACCCCGACGUCGCAGCGACCGUGCACGCGCGCAUGAGCAGCAUCGUGACGCACGUCGCGGCGGCACACGGUGUCACGGGCGAGAUUGCCUUUGACGAUGGGUACCCCGUCACGAUGAACCAUGCGGCGCAGACUGACAUCGUGAUCAAUGUGGCGUCGGACAUUGUUGGCGCGGCGCGCGUGACGGCGACGGGGCUCCCGGUCUCGGGCUCGGAGGAUUUUGCCUACUACUUGCAGAAAACUCCCGGCGCUUUUUACUUUGUCGGCACCAAGCCGCUGUCCGACGGUGACGGCGCGCAAAACCGCAACUGCCACAGCGACACGUUUGACUUUAACGACGACGCGCUUCCGCUCACAGUUCGCCUCUUCCUCGAGAUUGCGCAGCACCGUUUCCACUGCACGCUCUUUGCCAAGGAGGAGCUGGACGCGAUCUACACGGCCCCGGCCUCCUUGUGAGGUACCGUAGCGUUGACACGUAACAACAACGCAUUGGUGAAU